UGCCGCCAGGGGUGAAUUUGCGGUCAGGGAGACAGGGCAUCUUUCCAUCGGCAUAUGCUGUGGAUAUGGACUACAGUGAUUUCGACCCCAGUGCACCGAAGGUAAAGAGAGAAAGGUACUUGCUGGGGUAUCUGGGUUCGGUGGAAACACGAUGCCACAAGGGGAACGUCGUCGUGUGUCAGGCUGUCAAGAAGAUAGUAGGAACAUCAGGAGUUCCAAAACUCAAACCCCACUCAUGCAUCCUUGAGGUGUCUGACCAGGGUCUCAGGAUGGUAGAUCGCAGGAAGCCUUCACCUAAGGAUGUCCCAUGCCACGAUUAUUUCUACUCAUUGAAGAAUGUGUCAUUCUGCGCAUUCCACCCUAGAGACCACCGUUACCUGGGCUUCAUCACUAAACACCCACAACUGCAAAGGUUUGCAUGUCACGUCUUCAUGGGAACGGAGUCCACACGGCCCGUCGCAGAAGCCGUCGGGUGA